UAAUGCCAUUCCAGAGGGAUCGUGGCUAAAGCCUCUCUUUCUGGCUCUCAGGUAUAUAAAGAGGAGGCAGCUGGGGAGCAGAGGACAAAGCACUCUGGAAACAUUCUUCACUCACUGCUUUUUAUCAUCACUCUAUUCUCUCUAUCUUGCCUCACCUCCCCUCACCUGCUGGACUCUGAGCUGAGCAGGUACAUCUGCCAACCAAGCCACGCUGAGCUAGACCUAACUGUCUCCAGUAACUAUGGAUAUUGCCAUCCAGCACCCCUGGUUCAGACGUGCCCUGAGCUCUGUCUACCCUGCCCGACUCUUUGACCAGUUUUUCGGAGAAGGCAUUUUUGACUACGACCUCUUUCCCUACACCACCUCCACCAUCAGCCCCUAUUACAGACAGUCACUGUUCCGCAACGUUUUGGAUUUUUCCAACUCCGGCAUCUCUGAGGUGAGGUCCGACAGGGAUAAGUUUACAGUCUACCUGGACGUCAAGCACUUCUCUCCUGAUGAGCUCAGUGUGAAGGUCACCGAUGACUACGUCGAGAUCCAGGGCAAACAUGGAGAAAGACAGGACGACCACGGUUACAUCUCUCGUGAGUUUCAUCGCCGCUACCGCCUCCCCUCCAGCGUUGACCAAUCAGCGAUCACCUGCUCCCUGUCAGCUGACGGUCUGCUGACUCUGACUGGGCCAAAGGUCAUCGGGGGGAUUGAAUCCAGCCGCAGCGAGCGCAGCAUCCCUGUCACACGUGACGACAAGCCCAACGCCGCCGCGUCCUCUUAGAGGCCGAGCGGUGGGGGAUGACCGGGGGAUGCUGGAGGGGCCCAGCCCCCCUCCCCACCCCCUCAACAGCCUGCAUCGACUGGGUUGGACGACCACGGAAUUCUUCCUCUCUUGUUUUGCUUAUCCAAGUCCUCCUGGCUUCACUUUCUCCUCUAUAGAUUCCUCUUAGCACACUCUUACAGCAUUAUUAGCAUUACUGUUUUGAGUCUAACAAAAAUCUCCCCAUGAGGGUGGUUAAGUGAGGGGCGGUUUUUAAGGAGAAAAGUCAGCUAAGGGUGAGACAUUCACACGACCUGACAUUUCAGUCUGCUGAUUGUUGUUGAUUUGUUUCAGAGCGAGCCCUCUGACAGUACAGAUGGUUGGAGUUAAGCUUGGAGGUAAAUGUCAAACAUGUCUUGUCCCAGAUUUGCCAUCAGUAAAGUUCUCUGAGCCCUGGCUGCUGCCAUUCUUGUGCUGAUUCUUCGAACCCUCUCUCCUUCUUGUCUUAAAUAUAUCCUGUACUGUAGUAUAGGCCUUGUUCAAUGGAUACCAUACCUGCUCAUUACUGAGAAGUCCAUACUAAAGAAACAUAUAAUAAAGCUGUACAAUUAACAAAAAGCAAGUCCUGUAUAGAUUUCUGUGUGUGUUUAUGUGAUGGGUGGGGGCUGGAGGGGUAAUUCACAAAGUUGUGUGAUCUGGAAUGCAGUAGUGUUACAUGUUAAUCACA